CUAACGCACAAUCCUGAAUCACUAUACCAUCACCAACAUCAUAUACAUAGCAGUCUAUCCUACCCUACUGAGUAAGAACACAAGAAGAAAAUGCCCCCAUCACCCCUCUACACCCCCCAAGACGUCCCCUCCUUCAAGAAACGUCGCAACCGUCUCCCCAACACCCGCGCAAAGCAACUCCUCCGUGCCGCAGAGCGCGAUUACAAUGACCCCCCUCCACCACCUGGUCUAGGCGAGUGCUGUGGGAGUUCGUGUGAUCCGUGCGUCAACGAUCUGUGGAAGGAGGAGUUGGCGAUUUGGAGGGAACGGUGGGGGGAUGGGGCGGUUGAAGAUGGAGAUACGAAGGAGGAUGAACAGGGAGACGAGAGUGAGGGGUGUGCGAAGAUGAAGAUGCCAGGGAGUUGGGAGUGGUAGCGUUGGGUUGUUGAUAUGUCGCACGUGUGUUGGGAAGAUAGUGUCCCUCGAUGGUGACGGGAGUUAAUGCUUGGUAUGGCGUAUUGCAUACCUGGGAG